UUUACCGAACCUGGCCCUACCAAUUAAAUGACUAGUUUACACGUCAAUUUAAUAAAAGAACUACAUACUAAGAAAUAAAACACCAAUUGAAGAAAUGGGUCUCACCAUAUCAAGCCUUCUUACGCGUCUUUUUGGGAAGAAACAAAUGCGAAUACUUAUGGUUGGCUUGGAUGCUGCUGGAAAAACAACAAUACUCUACAAACUAAAGCUCGGAGAGAUUGUCACAACCAUUCCAACUAUUGGCUUUAAUGUGGAAACUGUGGAAUAUAAAAAUAUAUGUUUCACCGUUUGGGACGUUGGCGGCCAAGAUAAAAUCCGGCCAUUGUGGCGUCAUUAUUUCCAAAAUACUCAAGGCUUAAUAUUUGUUGUUGACUCAAACGAUCGCGAUCGAAUUAAUGAAGCCGAAAAGGAAUUACAAAAUAUGCUUCAAGAGGAUGAGCUCCGGGAUGCUGUGCUCUUGGUUUUUGCCAAUAAACAGGACCUUCCCAACGCAAUGACGGCUGCAGAGUUAACGGAUAAAUUACGUCUUAAUCAAUUGAGGAAUCGCCACUGGUUUAUUCAAGCUACUUGCGCUACACAGGGUCACGGACUUUAUGAGGGACUUGAUUGGCUCUCCGCUGAAUUGGCUAAGAAAUAAUACUACAAAAUAUAUAUUUUAAUUGUACAAUAAGAGCAUUCGCAUUCUUCGCUGUAACAAAUAUAAAUGUUGAAGAUCCUUCAAUAAACUUGUAUGUAUAUGUCGGA